CAACUGUUGAGUGUUGUGUUGUGAAGUCGUCUGCUAGGCCAGCUCAUGUCAUAAGUCCUAGCGCCAUGGACAAAAACAAACGGACAUGACCUUCGGACUGUGCAUCACUGCGGCCGCCCUCAGUCAUCGCACAAGCCAUACUUUCUGUCAUUUCGUUGUGAAGUCGACUUGAUUGGUGUGGUGCGGGCAGUGGUUGACGGUGACACUUAGGUGGGCAGGAAGCUGGCUUUACUUCGAUCCGGCCAGCUCGGCGUGGUGUCGCUGGUCAGGAGGCCAACCACACCUAGAAGGCGUGCUGCACCCACAGGAACCCAGAGGACCUAGAGCAGAAUAGAGUCUGUGUGACCAAGCCAUGUCUGAGUGGUGGGAUGGCCUGGAGAAGCUGGCCCCGGGCACGGGAGGCCUCAUCCGGAACAUCCUUAGUCCUGAGUCGAUCCCCAACAAGGUGCUGGAAGUGAAGCUGGAUCGUUACACUAAACGAGUGGUUCAGCGAAGGGAAGAGAACCUUGUCCUCUACGGCCCUGCUGAAAAAAAGUAUGAGGUUGUUCUAGCUCCAGCUUUAGAGUCAGCCAGCAAAGGAUUCAGCUUGUAUCGUGUAGAAAGUACUGAUAAUGCUGAAAAGAGAUUUGAUCAGUUGAAAGACAAACUUCCUGUGAUAUUUGGCGUUUCUAAAGAGGAAUGUAAUGUGACUAUGAUUCAAAAAGUUUGUGAUGGACUUGAAAAUAACCCUGGAUGGAAUAUUGCUCACCUGGCUGCCUACUGCGAUUUGAUAUCAGCUUUGAAUUCAGAUGCAGUUUCUGAGUUCCUUGAUAAAGCUGAUCCCAAUACAGGGAUGACACCACUCUUAGUUGCUAUUCAGGCUCAAAAUGUUCAGGCUAUCAAAACCCUCAUCGGAAAGAAAAUUUCUCUAGACUGUGUAGAUAAUGAAGCCAACUCAGUGCUGCAUUAUGCUGCCAGCACUAGCAAAGAAAUUCUCACUCUUUUGACAGAUGUAUAUUUGAAGUGUCUUAAUGACCACAACGCUAAAGGACAUACCCCUCUCCAUGUGGCAUGCCUCGCUGACAAACCAGAAUGUGUGAAGGCUCUUAUGGUGGCUGGGGCAGACUGUAACAUAUCCGCUGCAACAGAAAAAUAUUCUGAGAACGAUACAUCACCCAAGGAACCAGGAAUACUAGGAAAUUUGGUGCAAGAGUUUUCAAGCAAACUUCAUGCACAAGAUAUGAAAUUUGGGGGCACUCCCUUGCAUUGGUCAUGUUCUCGUGAAGUUGUAGAGUCACUCCUGGAAAAAAAGUGCCAUAUUAAUGCACUUAAUUUUGAUGGAAGAUCUGCUUUACAUUUAAUGGUAAUGCGAAAACGUCUUGAUUGUAUAAUGGCACUUCUCUCCCAUGGAGCUGACCUUAAUAUUGGAGAUUGCGAUGGGAACACCCCCUUACACUUUGCUGUGACUAAUCGAAACUUAACCGCUGUCCAAGCCUUAAUUGUUUUUGGAGCUUCUUUGAAUUAUAAGAAUAAUAAUGGGGCUACUGCUAGACAUUUAGCAACAAAGGAUACAUCAUCUGAUGGCAACAAGAUUCUGUACCUCCUUCAUUCGGUUGGGGCUGCACGGUGCAGUCAAGACAUGAAGGAAUGCACCUCAGGAUGUUCAUUCACAGGAAAGUUCAACGGAACUGCCCCUCCCUCCCCAUAUGCUAUCUAUGCUAGAGAAGCAUUAGACCAAAUCUUGGCCACGAAUGCCAUGGAUAUUGCUUCUCAUAGAAAUGGAGAUAAAAGUUCCCGAAUUCGAUCUCAUGCUCUGUGUCUUGACGGUGGAGGAAUCAAAGGUGUGGUCCUGGUUAUCAUGCUGCGAGAAAUUGAACAGGCUGUCGGCAAACCUAUUAUUAAGUGUUUUGAUUGGGUUUCUGGGACAUCUACGGGAGGAAUUCUGGCAUUGGCAUUAGCUGUCGGUAAAUCUCUACAAGAUUGCCUCUGUUUGUAUUUUAGAAUGAAAGAUUCUGCUUUCCUUGGUAACAGACCUUAUCCCAACGAACCUUUGGAAAAAAUUUUGAAAGACUGUUUUGGUGCCGACACUGUCAUGUCAGAAAUCACACACCCAAAGCUUAUGAUUACUGGGCUAUUGGCUGAUCGCAAACCGGUUGACCUACAUUUAUUCCGUAAUUAUGAGUCUCCUCUUCAAAUUCUUGGAAAAGAUGAAUAUUCUCAUGGUAAAUUUAAGAAGCCAGUUUCAUACCAUGAGCAGUUUUUAUGGGAAGCUGCACGUGCAUCAGGAGCUGCACCAACCUACUUUGGGGCUCAUGGAUUUUUCUUGGAUGGCGGUCUGAUAGCCAAUAAUCCUUCCUUGGACUGUUUGACAGAGAUUCAUGAAUACAAUAUGGCCUUAAAAGCAGUUGGGAGAGAAUCCGAAUUGGCCCCUAUCACUGCUUUGGUUUCUAUUGGAACUGGGAACAUUCCCACUACGGAGCUUCAAGACAUUGAUGUUGGCCGCCCGGGUAGUUUGUGGAAUGCCACCAAGCUUGUCUCUGGAGUCUCUAAUCUUAUAACUCUGAUCAUUGACCAGGCUACUCAAAGCUCAGGUCGAGUUGUGGACAGAGCAAGGUCGUGGUGUUCAUCGCUUGGAGUCCCAUUCUACCGUUUCACUCCCCAGCUAUCAGAGGAUAUAAACAUGGAUGAAAGAAGUGACGAGAAGCUUGUUAACAUGGCGUGGGAGUGCCAAGCCUACAUGCACAGCCAGCGCACAGUGGUGAAUGAGCUGGCUGAGAUAUUAAGAGGGUAGACAAAAUCCUGUGGCAAAUAUUGAAUGUGAUUUACGUAAAAUAACCUUUUGCCUUUUUGUCACCUUUUUCACUUUUAUCUUUAAUGUCUUUUUGGUAUUUGAAAUUGUUAUGGAAAUUGUUUUUAGAUGUCUAUCUUGAAUUUGUUAAAUACAUUUGUAAUGAACUAAGUAAUAAAAUAUUCUAACACUA